AUGUUUAGCGGAGAUCUUCUCAGCGUCCGGCCUUUGGAGCUUAAAUUCCACUGUACGUAGGCCGAAGAUUUUAUCUCGUUCAUGCGCUCUCUUUGCUCGAUUUGAACUGAUGGGUCGCCCCCGCCCUAGAUCUGAUCUAGUGUGGAGAAUCCUCGAACGAGGAGGGACCCUUGGUCCGCUUUCCCCCUUAAUCGGGUCUUGGCUACGAGCUUGUUCUCGUGCUUAUUCUGCGGUUUCUGCUUCUGGAUCGCACUUCUUUGCCGCUUCCUUCCGCGGAUUUUCUGUUCAACUUUUCUUCCUCAAAUCGAUACGAUGCUCAUCGUGACUCCAUUGAUGUCUCUGCACGUACCGUAAAAGUCGAAGUAAAUAAGCAGAGCUCGUGCUCCAUGCAAUUGACCAACAGGACGGAACAGUAUGUCGCCUUCAAGGUAUCCCCUCUAUUUGCUCCGCCGCUGCGGUGAAGGCCAUGAUAUUUUCGACACGAUUCCUUCUCCUAGCUGUUGAUGGAAUUCAUAGAUCCUCGAAUGAUAAUUUUUUUCUUCUCAGAUUAAGACAACUAACCCGAAGCGGUACUGUGUUCGUCCCAACACCGGGAUCGUGUUGCCGGGGAUGACAUGCGACGUCACCGGUAAUCCACAUUUGGUCCCUAUUUCUCGCCCUCUGCGUCGAUUCCUCGUCCGAUAUCCUUCAGAACUUCUUCAUUCCUCUUGGGCACUUCGUAUCCUCGGGUUUCAGUGACGAUGCAAGCUCAGAAGGAGGCACCACCUGAUCUCCAAUGCAAGGAUAAGUUCCUCGUCCAGAGCGUCGUCGUAGAAAAUGGAGCGACGUUGAAGGACCCAGCCCCUGAGAUGGUCAUGAACCUUGACUUCUCUGCUUAUGAUCGUCUCCCUUUCCUCUAAACCUCGACCUCGCAUUGGCCGUGUCUGAUCCGAGAUGAUGUGGGUUUUCAGUUCAACAAGGUUCCUGGAAAGCUCAUCGAGGAGGUGAAGAUGAGGGUGGUCUACCUUCCUGCCAACCCUCCGUCUCCAGUCCCUGAGGGAUCAGAAGAAGGGUCGCCUCCUCGGUCCUCCUCAUUGGAUAAUGUGGCCCAGAGUUCCUUCACGUUUGAGGCUGUAAGUGGUGUUAAUUAUUUGCGGCUCUCCCGCUCCCGUUUGUGAAUACGAUUCUUAUCCGUCAACCCUGUUUCAAAUUCUUUACCAUUAAUUCACGUGGGGAGAAAUUCCCAGGUUUCAAGAGCAUUCGAGGAGCCAUUCAAGGAUAGAGCUUUGCAGGUAAGAACAUGGCUUAGAGUUGCAUUUUAUUUGCCCGCGUAGCAGCUUUCAUGAAUCAUGUUUAGCAGCCUGAUAACGAGGCAUUCUCUCGUUUCGCGCCAUUGAAUAUCUACUCUUGAAUGCCCCAAAUCGUGCUAAGAAAUUCAGAUUGCCUUCUCAUCGAAAUGGGUCACAUUAAAAAAAAAUAGAUUUUAUUAGAUUCACAUGAAAAAAGGAUUCAGAGCGUGGAAUUGCUGCAGGGCUUGUGACCAUUCUGUUGAUUCUUUUCGGAUCUCAGAGUUAUUGGCUCGAUUCCUUGGCUAACCAGUUUUUUAUUUAGACGGUGAUGUCUGCAAGAUCUGCAUGCGAGAAUGCUGGAAAUAUCUGGUGGCGCUUUAAUGCUGUUCAUCUUCUUAUGGAUGAACCCCUGGAGCACAUGCUAUCUAAUUUUUAUCCCUGGAGUAGGAUGGCUCAUCCCCCACAUCUACCAAAAAAGCCAUGAAAAACCCGAUCGAAACGAAGAAAGCCAUAGUUCCUUUCCAUGCAGGAGCUUUACCAUGGUUCUCGUCUGAAAUAUAAAUCUGAAACCCCCCUAUGUUUCUAGUUCAAAAGCUAUAUUUUAACAGUGGAGGCCACAUUCAUGUUGUUAAAAAAAGGGUUAGUCUGGUGGUUCUUGUGAGGAAUGAAUUCAUUAGCUUGGUGUGUAUAUUUCCCUGGUCGGAGAAACCAUUUGAUCUGUAUUUGCGCCUGGAUUUCAGAGACUCGUAAAUAACUACUCUAGAAAUAUUUUGUGGUGCAAUGCUCCGUGUACCUGUGAUCUCGCUACACUGCUGAGGAUCUAGUGAUUCAUCUGAUUUUAAUAAUUAUGAACAUUCUUAGGUGUCCUCCCCAAUUACCAAGUUGACAGAGGAGAAAGGUUUUGCAAUUCAGCAGAAUCAAAAGCUUCGUCAAGAGCUGGUAUGGGUGUUGAUUUUCCUUCGUGCUUGAUGCAAUGAUUUAACAUGUUAUUUCGCAUUUUCUAUUGACUAAUUCUUGUUAUUUGAAUCGAAAUCCUUUUAAAACUUUUCGAACAGUUUUUUGCUCUUUGGUACUGAAUGCAUUACGUUUCGUUCCAGAGCAUUAUUGGUCGUAUUAUGCGUAUUAUUUUAUUUUAAGAAGAUGGUUAGAUAGGAUACUGGAUGAGAAUAAGGUUAUUAAAUGAAAUAAUGUCAUAUAUUCGUGUAGAAAAAAUAAAUAGUAUACUCUGUUUAGUUUUUCAUUGCUCGCACUUGUCAUAUAUUUCUUUUUCUUGUUCCUUUACGUAUGCUGACUGCUUAAUACGACUUAUAAUAUGCAUCCAACAGUACUUGAAUGUGCCUUUCUUGAUAAUAAUUUAUUUUUUAUCUCAAAUUAAUGGGGCCACAAUCUUCAGUAUAUCAUCUUGCGACUAAGAACUUUGAUUCUGUAAAAAUAAAUAAGAUUCUCCUGUUCUAAAUUCCUAUAAUUUCUUAUUCCUUUGAUUCUUGAUUAUAGUCCAUGCAUGGCCUGCACACCUGCCAGUCACUACAGAUGAACAUUGUCAUUAAAUUCCACACCAGCUCUGCAAGAUCUUCCAGUAGCAAGCCAGUGACUGGUUUGGAAAAACACGAUUAAAUUGGCCUGUAAAUUAACUUCUUUUUCGUGCACAGUUCGUUCUUUCUUUGAUGCAACAGGCCGGAAUUAGGUUUUUUUUCUCUCUCUAAGUUGAAAAAGUGUGUAUAAUCUGGUGGGUUAGCGUCGUGUUUCACCAAUUUGAUCAUGUUCUUGACGUGGGAUCUUCUCUGGGUUUCCUGAUCUGACAGGAGAUGCUGAGAAAAGAUCUCAGCAGGAGCAAGCAGGGUGGCUUCUCCAUCAUGGUGGUGCUGCUGGUGGGUAUCCUGGGCAUCCUGGCCGGGUAUGCUAUCAAGAAAAGCUGA